AUGUUCUACGUGAUGGCUAAGCUUCAUUGGGACUAUAAAAGUUUACAGCGUGUAGUUUGGAAUUACUCGGAAAAAGGGCAUGGCAAAGGAGCUCCUGAUAGUGUGGGAGAAGUAUUAAAAAUAGCAGCUGAUCGGAUUGUUGCUGUAGGGAAUGAUUUUCCAAAUAUUGAUCUCCUUAUUAGUCACCUUCAAAUUCAAAUAUCCGAGGGUAUAAUGGAAGUUCACGAAUCUGGCAUUUUGGAGACGGAACUAUUAAUUCCCUCUGAUUUAAAAGAAUUUCGAGGCACCAUGAGAGUUCAUCAAACGAUAUGGACCUGUAAUAAUCCUAAGGUCCUAGCCAUGAGACACCUUAUCUGUAAUUUAGAAAAAUGUUCUGAAGAAUCAAAUUAUUGUCCCCAUGGACAACAUAUCGGUUUCUAUAAUAUCCGAAGUAUAACUUUGGAGAACACUAGUACCCCUAAAACUAUGAUAUCAAAAAAGACCGCAAUAAACGAAAAUCAGAUUGAUAUUACUGCUAACUCAAGCCCGAACUAUCGGCUGGCCGGAACUUCAAUCCAGAGUAACCAAUUUGAGAUUAAUAAUGUACCAUCUGAUGACAGCUUG